CGCAGCCGCAUUCUCGAACGAGCCGUCGUGCGCGAUAAACGCAACGCUUGCUGCGGCUACUACGACCGAAGUCGCGCGUUUGGGCUAGUGCAUUACACAAACAGUAAAGUGCAUCAGUGUGUACAUCGCAAGUGUGUGUGUGUGUCUGUGAGAAAGUGCAUUUUGCGUUCCGUUCUGUUUCUGCCCCACAGGUAAACACGAUGUCAAUGAAAAUGCUUUCCCUCGAGGAUGACCAGCGAUUUGCGCUGAUGAAGUUCCGUCGGCAGGUGGUUGACAUACUGAAACCGGAGCACGAUGAUUACUAUCUGGUGCGUUGGCUACGAGCACGCAACUGGAACCCGGAGGCGGCGGAAAAGAUGCUGCGCGAUUCGAUGAAGUUCCGGGAGCGCUGGAACACGGACGAGAUCGCCAAGUGGCCAACGCCCCAGAUCCUGCUCGACUACAGCCCGCACGGUGUGUCCGGCUACGAUAAGGAAGGCUCACCGAUCAUCAUCAUACCGUUCGCCGGGUUCGACAUCUGGGGCCUGCUGCACAGCGUGUCCCGGGCCGACAUCGUGCGCAUGACGAUGCAGGCGCUCGAGGGCUACAUGCAGCAGGCGUACGAGCAGAGCAAGAAGACCGGCAACCCGAACAGCCGCCAGUUUAUCGUCGUGUUCGAUAUGGACAACUUCAACCUGAAGCAGUACAUCUGGCGCCCGGCGAGCGAGGUGGUGAUCUCGCUGAUCAAGAUGUACGAGGCGAACUAUCCGGAGAUCCUGAAGUGCUGCUACAUCAUCAACACGCCGAAGGUGUUCGCGUUCGCGUACAACAUGGUGAAGAAGUUCCUGGGCGAGUACACGAUCGACAAGAUACGGAUCUACAAGCCGGACCGGACCAAGUGGCUGCCCGCGAUCCUGGAGCGGUGCGAUGCGGACCAGCUGCCGGCGUACUUCGGCGGCACCCAGACUGACCCGGACGGCAAUUCGAAGUGCGAGACGAAGAUCUGCUGGGGCGGCAAGGUGCCGAAGGAGCUGUACACCUCGAAGGAGGACAGCUUCAACAACAAUCUGACGUUCACGGAGACGGAGAUCCGGAAGGGUGGCCGACUGAAGCUGACGUUCGACUGUGAGGAUGCGGGCUGUUUCUUGAAGUGGGAAUUCCGUACGUUCGAUCACGACAUCAAGUUCGGCGUGAAGUGCGUGAACAAGAAGACGGAGGAAUCAGUUAUCGAGGUGCCACUCAAGCGAGUGUCCUCCCAUCAGGUGGACGAGUCCGGGUUCAUCACCUGCCAGCCGGGAUGCACAUAUCACGUGCUGUUCGACAAUUCGUACUCGUACUUCAAGACGAAAAAGAUCCGCUACUCCGUGCUGAUGACGGCGCCGCUGAACGACGAGGAGCAAACGAUGGCCCCGAUUGCCGUGACGGAGGAGGAAACGUCCCCGGCGGACGGUAGUACGGCCGAGGAUUGAACCCCGAGGGUUGGACGGCGAGUCAUCUGAUGGCUGGACAGGGUGCGCUUUGUACUUUUAAAAGAACACGGUCAGUUGUCCUUCGGUACUCACACAAAAACGAACAUCAAGGGAAUAGAGUGUUGCGGUACUAUUACAUACAGAGGGAUGCAUCGGGUUAGGGCUGAUAAAACGGUAUUGCAUUCUCAAAACAAAGGUAGUGAUGAACCGUCGCGCAAAAAUGUCGUGAGCCAAAGAUUUUGAUUUGUGGUGUGUGUGUGCUUUAAAUCGUUUUCUUCCCUUUCAACACCUGUUCCCUCAGCAUUCUUUUUACAGCUUUCACGUGUGUUUGACACAAUCUUUCCUUAUCACAGCAGCUUAGGUGUGUUCGAUUACAUUUCUUUCACCCUUUUGAAAAAAGCCGAACCACGCCCGAUAUACGCGCGACAUUCCAUUACAGGGUGAUAUUUGAUUAGAUAGUAAGCUCCCAAAAAUUGCAUAUCCCAGUGGCUGUGGCGACGUUCGUCCUUAUCGGUGACCAUUGUAAAAAAGCAAACAAACAAAACAAUAAAAAUACAUACUAAUAUUA